UCCCGGCCUUCCCGUUGUUGCAUUUGAAUGGUGCUGCGCCGCGCUCUUGCUCUCCAGUUCAAUUGGUGGGCGGGCAUCGUGUGGUUGCUCCUGAUCUGUAGCGAUUACACUUUUCAAAAAGCUGUUGUUUCGCUUCUCCGCUAAGUGUAAACGCUAGUUGCUAAACGCCGGGGAGGGUAACUCCCUGCUCUGAAUUUUUGUCAGAGAGUGCCUUCGAAAAAGGAUUGGGCAUUUAUACUGCUUAUGUACUCACUACUGGUCUUCACUUGACUUCGUGUCUCAUCUGAAGGGAUUUUUUACAUAUUUUUUUUCCUUUACGCAGGGAAACAUGCCACAGACGCUACCGUUUGGCAGUAUGUUUGGACCUGCUGGUUUUAACGACAACGUCUACCAGUCAAAGGAGGAGGGCUAUGGGGGCCUGCGUUACCAUGACAACAAUCUUGUAUCGGGAUCUCUGGAGGCUCUCAUUCAGCAUUUAGUGCCCAGUGUGGACCACUACCCUGAUAGGACGUACAUCUUCACCUUCCUGCUGAGCUCCCGCUUAUUCCUGCACCCUUAUGAGCUCAUGUCUAAGGUGUACCAAAUGUUUGUGGAGCACCAAAGACUCGGCGACCCCCAUGCUGACAAGAUCAGAGUGCGUAAGAUCGCGCCCAAGAUUGUGCAGCUCUUGACUGAGUGGACAGAGACUUUCCCCUACGACUUCAGAGAUGACCGCAUGAUGCGAAGCCUGAAGGAGCUGACCCACCGCUUAACCAUUGGAGAUGAGGUUUGCAGGAAGGCCGUGCAGCAGAUGAUGCAGGGUCUAAUCCGCAAGCUGGCCGCUCUCAGCCAGUACGAGGAGCUACUGGUGAAGAUCAACGCCACAGUUGCAGAGAGGCUGACCGUGUUGAAAACGAAGCCGCAGUCCAUCCAGCGGGAUGUUCUGACCGUCUGCAAUGACGCCUUCAGUUUGGCCCAGCAGCUUACCCACAUAGAGCUGGAGAGACUCAGUUACAUUGGACCUGAGGAAUUUGUACAAGCCUUUGUUCAGAAAGACCCGUUGGUUAAUAAUAAGAGCCGUUUUAGUGACCGCAAGAAGGCAAACAACCUAGAAGUGUAUGUGGAGUGGUUUAACAGGCUCAGUUACCUGGUGGCCACAGAAAUAUGCUUGCCCGUAAAGAAGAAGCAGAGAGCUAGAGUCAUUGAGUUCUUCAUCGAUGUCGCCCGAGAGUGCUUUAACAUCGGCAACUUCAACUCCUUGAUGGCCAUCAUUUCUGGGAUGAACAUGAGCCCAGUUUCCCGGCUGAAGAAAACCUGGGCCAAAGUCAAAACGGCCAAAUUCGAUAUCCUAGAGCACCAAAUGGACCCAACCAGCAAUUUCUACAACUACCGAACGGCAUUGCGUGGUGCUAUGCAGAGGUCCAUAACGGCACAUACUAGCAGAGAAAAGAUUGUGAUCCCCUUCUUCAGCCUGCUAAUUAAGGAUAUCUACUUCCUAAAUGAAGGAUGUUCCAACCUGCUGCCCAAUGGGCAUGUUAACUUUGAGAAAUUCUGGGAAUUGGCCAAGCAGGUCAGUGAGUUUAUGACGUGGAAGCAGGUCGAGUGUCCUUUCGAGAGGGAUCGCAAGGUCCUCCAGUACCUGCUGACUGCACCGGUCAUCAGUGAGGAUGCCUUGUUUCUGGCCUCCUAUGAGAGCGAGGGUCCAGAGAACAACAUGGAGAAGGACAGCUGGAAGUCUCUUAGGUCUGCUCUACUAGGUAGAGUAUAAAUGCUGAAAGAAAACAUUUGAAAUGUCCUGUUACACCAGAACAGUGUGAAGUUUUCUAAAUUGCAGAGCCUGGCUCUCCUUUGACCGUAUCGAAAAGUACUCAACAGUAACAUCAAAGACUGUCAGGAUUUUUCUGAUGCUCAGACUGAAGAUUUUAGGACAUUUUUUUCAUCAUUUGAAAAAUGUAUUAAAAUGAUUAAGAAAUGCCCAUUGAACGACAUGUAAGGGAUGCUCUUUCAUGCAUGGCUAACAGCUAUAGGCUUCAAGUUUUUGAAAUGCAUCUUUGAAGAAGUUCGAGUUUGCUGCUGGUUGGCUUACUCUAGAUUACAGCAUUGUGUGUACUGUGUAUACAGUACUGUGUAUUGUUAAGACCUGAAAUAUUAAUUAAGCUAACGGUUAUAGUUUUGUUAAUAUACUUUUUUCUAUUUGUAAAAAUGAGUACAGUGUUAUCUAACCCAAUGUGGGUUUUUUGGGUGAGGUUUUGAACGUACGUUAAAUGCACUGAGUACAUUUAACAAUUUUAUUGUUGUUUUUUGUGAAACCAUGUGAACUCCUUAUAGCUAGAAUUAUGCUCCCACAUUCCCGAUGCUACUUGACCUCAUUUCACUAGUAUUUAUGCAGAAUGUAUCACAAAAUCCAGGGUCUUUCCCACAGCCUACCUGCCCCCUCUCCUUCCCACAGAUUACCAGAAUAGCGCAAGUGGCCAUAUAAUCCUACUUUAUGAUGGUCAGGUGGCAGCGAGAGUUUACAAUGAAUUAGCAGAGUAGCAGUUUGUAUACAUACAUUUUGAAAAUAGAAGAUGUGAUUCAGUAUUUUCCAGUCUCUUGACCCUGACUGAUUUCUGUUAAUGGGGUGGGACUCUCUUAUUUUUAUUAAUUUCAUUGCUUUUUGUUUAAUAUUUAUGUGCAAAAUUAGAUAUCUACAGGUUAUGUUUCACUUCUAUUUAAUUUUUAUUAGGUGAUUUUUGUCAGGCUUCUCUUUCUGUAGUUGUAUGUUGCAAAGAUUUUAUUAAAUGUGUUUGUCACUUACUGUCAAUUUUAAAAUGUUCAGGGUACUUGGAGUGAUAUGCACUGGCUAAUGUCCUUUGUCAAAUACAAAACCAAUGAUGUGCUGGUAUCCUGUGUAAAUAAUUUAUACGUUUACAUUAUCCCAUUUCAGUGAUUUCAUUACAAUGGGAAAUUUAGUACAUAAAAUACAUGGAAGACUAUUAAUAAAAUGUUUUAGAAUCUG